AUGCAAGCGUGUACAAUGAUGGGUUCUCUGCAACAACCUGUUUGGAGCAAGGGGAUUAAAUUCCCUGCAAAAGGGUAUGACAGUAACAACGGGUUUGUGCCUCAAGUGAAGUAUUGCAACAUGAAGCCAUGCAAAGCUUCUCAUGUUGAAGGAGGUUUAGUCACUGGGAAGCCGUCAUCUCUGUCUUUCUCUGUUCCUGAAAUUGGAGGUGAUGGAAGUAGCUUCCUGGACUAUGGCUUGACUGAAGCCGAUCCUGAGGUUCGUGCGAUUAUUGACAAAGAGAAGGACCGACAAUUUAAAAGUCUUGAGCUUAUUGCUUCUGAGAAUUUUACAUCUAGAGCUGUCAUGGAAGCAGUUGGUUCAUGCCUCACAAACAAAUAUUCAGAAGGAUUGCCUGGUAAAAGGUACUAUGGUGGCAAUGAGUACAUUGAUGAACUUGAAACCCUAUGUCAACAAAGAGCACUGGCUGCAUUUCAUGUAGAUGGAAAUAAAUGGGGUGUGAAUGUUCAACCUUUAUCUGGUUCCCCUGCUAAUUUUGCAGUAUACACUGCAGUUCUUAAACCACAUGAUCGAAUUAUGGGUCUGGACUUGCCUCAUGGAGGACAUUUGUCUCAUGGAUUCAUGACUCCUAAAAAACGUGUAUCUGCCACAUCAAUUUAUUUUGAAUCUAUGCCUUAUCGACUUGAUGAAUCAACAGGUUUGAUUGAUUAUGAUAUGCUGGAGAAAACUGCUAAUCUCUUCCGACCAAAACUCAUUAUUGCUGGGGCUAGUGCUUAUCCUCGGGACAUUGACUACCCCCGGAUGAGGAAAAUUGCAGAUGAAGUUGGCGCUUUUCUUAUGAUGGAUAUGGCUCAUAUAAGUGGGCUUGUUGCUGCAUCUGUACUUGCUAAUCCCUUUGAUUAUUGUGAUAUUGUCACCACCACAACCCACAAGUCUUUAAGAGGUCCAAGAGGUGGCAUGAUAUUCUUCAAGAAAGAUCCUGUGCAUGGCAUUGAUCUGGAGCCUGCCAUAAACAAUUCUGUUUUUCCCGGUUUACAGGGGGGUCCUCAUAACCAUACAAUUGGAGGACUGGCUGUUUGCUUGAAGUAUGCCCAAUCUCCAGAGUUUAAAAAUUACCAGAAUCAGGUGGUUGCUAACUGCAGAUCUCUUGCUAAGCGGUUAAUUGAGCACGGAUAUAAACUGGUUUCUGGUGGCAGUGACAAUCACCUGGUUCUUGUUGAUCUAAGGCCAUCGGGUCUUGAUGGUGCUCGGGUGGAGAAAAUUCUUGACAUAGCUUCCAUAACCCUCAACAAAAAUUCAGUGCCUGGUGAUAAGAGUGCCCUUGUUCCGGGAGGCAUUCGCAUUGGGGCACCUGCAAUGACAACAAGAGGGCUUGGUGAGAAAGAAUUUGCUCUAAUUGCAGACCUCAUUCAUGAGGGUGUGCAAAUAAGUCUUGAAGCCAAAAGUUUGGUCUCAGGAACGAAGCUCCAAGACUUUUUGAAGUUUGUAUCAUCUUCUGAAUUUCCUUUGGGUGGGAAGGUUUCAGAAUUGCGCAGGAAAGUUGAAGCUCUUACCACUCAGUACCCAAUACCCGGAGUCUAA